UCGUAUUUCUCGACGAGCAGGCAACGCGCACGGACGUGACGUUCACCGAAUUUCUCGGGAACUUGGACCUCGAGUAGUUUUAGAAAGUUAAUGCCCAGCAGCUGCGAAUCGCAAAGAACCUAAUCAAAUCGUUAAAUACUACCUACCAAUCGAUCUCGUUUGCCUUAUGAAGUAGAAGAAAAGUGGUGGUCGUUUAGUGUUAUAGUUUCCAACGCAAGUGCAAUUUCUAAAUCAAUUUUUUACGUUGUGUGUACGUUACAACUAAAGACUGACAGCUCUGAUAUAUCGGAAAGCCGAAAUUAAGUUCAAUUCCGGCGAGCUGACACAAAACAGAGGUAGGAAGUGCUAAGAAUUAGUGAAUUAGUAUAGCUGUAUAACGUUAUGCAUGUAUGUAUAGCCCGAAUACUACAUAACAACCUAGGUCAAUACUGUUUAAAGUGGCGUGUGAAUGAAUGUGCGCAGAGAUAACAAUAACGAUUGCUAGUUGCUCAGCAGAUAAUAAACACACACACACAGGCACACACACACGCACAUCGGACCACACACUCGUGACUAGAACAUAUUCACGGAAAUCGGAAAAGAACAACAAAAGCCAAAGCAAAAACAAACAUCAGUGCUUCAGAGUCGAGUGCAAGAGAGCAGCACGAUUCUAAACUUGAAACUAAUAAUUUUAUAAUAUCAAAGCGCGAAGGUUGUGGACGAGUGACGAGUGGCUCGCCCGAAGAGAGCCGAGUGUACCCGAAUGCCCGCACAUCAAGUAUACGUACGAUCGCUUGCUCAGCGCCUUUCAGUGCUAGCUACCAGUGCCAGCUACCACCAACAAUAACAAUAACAACAACAUUACUGCGAAAAACAGAACGGAAGACAGAAACGUUCCUCUUCUAACGGUCUCAGUGAAUUUUGUAAUUGGUCAUCGGCGACUGCGAAAAGCAGAGAGAGAGAGUGAGCGAGAACUGUCGCUGCGAAAGCGAUUACGGUUACGCGGCGCAGUGAAAAAGUGAAAAAGUUUAGGCGGAAAACACUUGCCUCUGGUCGAUUUGCGUGUUUGGACGCGCGACUCCCUCAGAACUUGCGAAAAAAAAAGAAGAAAAAUCGGAGAAAGAGCAGAAAAGUGAUCACACGUCAGAACGCCAAUUUGGAUUACCUUUUGCAACCGAGGAGGACUUUUAAACUAAAUUCUACGGAUUUUAUUGAUCAAUUUUAUGAUUCAGCCACAACCAAAAUGGUUUACUACUCCGCCAACCAGCUGCUCAUAAAAACGGAACAAUCUAGUCAGGCGCAGUUCUGCCUCCAGGUGCCGCCCCCAUUGACGGCGACGACCACGAGCGUGGGCAUCGGAGCACCGCCGUCCGGCGGCCAGCAGGAGCAUUUCGAGCUGCUGCAGACGCCGCAGCAGCGACAAAUGCAACUGCAGCUGCAGGACCAGCACCAGCAGGAGCAGCAGCAGUUCGUCAGCUACCAACUGGCCAUCCAGCAGCACCAGAAGCAGCAGCAGCAGCAGCAACAUGAUAGUAUUACUACCGCAGCUCCGACGGCAGCCACAUCAACCCAGCGGAUCAAGACAGAGGCCGCCGGCGGAUUCCCAGCGGCGACAGCCAUGGUGACGCAGGUGCGCAAGUCCAGCGCCGGCAAACCGCAGUUCAAGUGCGACCAGUGCGGCAUGACCUUCGGCAGCAAGUCCGCGCACACCUCCCACACCAAGUCGCACUCGAAGAACCAAGAUCUUUCCCUCAAUGGCGCCGCUGGAGCCGGCGUCGCCGUGCCUGUCUCAUCCGCGGCCAUCGAGCUCAAUGAAGCGGGUCUGCCGGUGGGCAUACCCAAGAGUCCCACCAUCAAGCCGCUGGCCAACGUGGCUGCCGGAGCGGAUCCGUAUCAGUGCAACGUUUGCCAGAAAACAUUUGCCGUACCCGCCAGGCUGAUCCGCCACUACCGCACCCACACUGGCGAGCGACCGUUCGAGUGCGAGUUCUGCCACAAGCUGUUCAGCGUGAAGGAGAACCUCCAGGUGCACCGGCGCAUCCACACGAAGGAGCGUCCGUACAAGUGCGAAGUGUGCGGACGGGCAUUCGAGCACUCCGGCAAGCUGCACCGCCACAUGCGCAUCCACACCGGCGAGCGGCCGCACAAGUGCUCCGUGUGCGAGAAGACGUUCAUCCAGUCCGGCCAGCUGGUGAUCCACAUGCGCACGCACACCGGCGAGAAGCCGUACAAGUGCCCAGAGCCGGGCUGCGGCAAAGGCUUCACCUGCUCCAAGCAGCUCAAGGUGCACUCGCGGACGCACACGGGCGAGAAGCCCUACCACUGCGACAUCUGCUUCCGUGACUUUGGCUACAACCACGUGCUGAAGCUGCACCGCGUCCAGCACUACGGCUCCAAGUGCUACAAGUGCACCAUCUGCGACGAGACGUUCAAGAACAAGAAGGAGAUGGAGGCCCACAUCAAGGGCCAUGCCAACGAAGUACCCGACGACGAAGCGGAGGCGGCGGCAGCGGCAGCGGCAGGAGCAUCGACGUCCGCCGGCUCCUCCGCCGGAUCGCCGUCCUUGCAAGGAGUCAGCAGCAACUCCGAGAGCAGCAACCACUCGCCGCCCAGCUCGCCGCCGGCCACAAAGAAACCUCGCCAGGCUCGCCAGCCGCGCGGUUCCAAAACCGCGGCAGCCACCCUUUCCAUCCCAACCUCCUCGCCGCUCUCGCCCAGCUCGCUCAGCUCCACGUACUCGCCAUCGGCCAGCAGCCUGGCCUCGCCUCCACCCACGUCGGCCCACUACCUGCCCGUCCAGAUGGACGCGGAUGCCUUGAGCCGGGACAGCGGUGUGUCCAGCGCCCAGCCCGCCCACAGCACCUAUGCGGACGAGGAGCCCACAGACCUGAGCAUGCAGCAGGUCCAGGGUCAGGUGCCGGAAAGCACCGUGGUCUACUACCAGGCCCCGCCGACUCUGAUCGAGCUUCAGCCCCAAGCCGCUGGUCUUACCAUUAAUCCCGCCCUGCUCGAAGCGGCCAGCAUGGCGCGUCGCCACCACGACAACGAUGACCAGGAUGAGGAUGUGCAGGCAGCCGCCAUGCAAAUGAUGCAGUUGCGUCGCGGCCACUGCUCCUUACCGCCGGCGGAGCAGGAGGCGCCGAGCCACCAGCCACAGGUUCCCACUCUGCACGUCAGCGAUCUGGCCGCCAACUACGAUGACACCCAUGAAGCCACCGUGCUGAUCGAGCACUUCAAGCGCGGCGAUCUCGCUCGCCAUGGGCUGCACAAGGGCUAUGCACCAGUGCCCAAAUAUGAAUCCGCUCUACCCCAUCCGGACAUUGUGCGACGCUUGGAGGCGGCCAUCGGCCUGCGGUCCAGCACGGAGUCGCCCGAACGGAGCUCCUCGCCGGAGAGCGACUCCCUGAUGAUGGCCGACCGGAACGUGAUGACGCUGCCGCUGCGCAAGCGCAAGCACUACAUGAACAAGGUCGACGACGACCAGGUGGAUUCGGAGAAGGCCAGCGGCGAUGGCGCCUCCGCCGCCAGUGGCGCCGCUUCCGUUGGCGCCGGGGAUGGACCCGGGUCGAAGGUGAUACGGAUGAGCUCGGUCAUUCAGUUCGCCAAGGCAUCGUAGGGGUCCAAGGCCACUCCCCAAUCAGCAUUAAGACUGUCCAAACAAAUUCUAACUGAAAUUAGCUUAGGUUUUUUCUCUGGGGUCGUGGUUAGGCCUGGAAAGAAAACAAAGAGACGGAUGGAUAUGGCAGAGAGAUAGUUUUCAAGCAGCGAAAAUGAAAAUGCCAAAAGUAUUAAAAAGGAAAAAAUUUGUUUUAAAAUUAAUAUUACCUCCUAUUACGUUUUAUUGGCUUGAUCCGAUUUUUGUUGAGUGUUUGAUUUGAAAGUUUCCCAAUAUUGCAAAAUUUCAUUUUAGUUUGGCAUAAAGCAUAUACACGUAUGUUAGGUAUAGUUUGUUUUCCUGUGUUGUCACUUAGUCAAAUUGCAACAAUUGGCAUUAUGCAUAUUAGGCAUUAGCAUAACUAAGUUAAUUAUAUGUAAACGAUCGAUCACUUAACGACACCCAAUCCCAAAACCGUACACAAUAAUAAGUUACGUGCAUAAUUCUACACACAUAUUAAUGAGAACGAAAAACAAAGGCCAUAUUGGCGCUUAAUAUUUAUACAAUACCUAUAAUAUAAUACUUAUUUAUUAUAAACUCUGCUCGCCAAACUUCUUCCUUCCCCUCCACCAUUAGUGUCAACUAAUCUUCGACAUCAUGUACCCAUCAUUUUAUAUGCAUUUUAUACACUGAAUAAGGGAACACUGAGGAAAAGGAUCGGUAACUUUAAUUUUACACACGGAGAAUAUUGAACUGAUAAACAAGAAGAACGCAAGCAUAACUAGGUUUACACAUUUUCAAACCAGAAGAUAACAAAUAUAAUUAAGAGCGU